GGCAGGGAGCCGGCCAUGGGGAGCAAGGGGCAUUAUCGGUACCACUGGCAAAGCCACAAUGUCAAGCACAGUGGUGUGGACGAUAUGGUGCUACUUUCCAAAAUCUCAGAAGACGCCAUUGUGGAGAACCUCAAGAAGCGAUACAUGGAUGACUACAUAUUUACCUACAUAGGAUCUGUGCUGAUCUCUGUGAACCCUUUCAAACAGAUGCCGUACUUUGGAGAGAAAGAAGUUGAAAUGUACCAAGGAGCUGCUCAAUAUGAAAAUCCACCACAUAUCUACGCUCUAGCGGACAACAUGUACCGAAACAUGAUUAUUGACCGGGAGAACCAGUGUGUGAUAAUCAGUGGUGAAAGUGGUGCUGGGAAGACGGUGGCGGCCAAAUACAUUAUGAGUUACAUCUCUAAAAUAUCAGGUGGAGGCCCCAAAGUGCAGCAUGUCAAGGACAUUAUUCUGCAGUCUAACCCCCUUUUGGAAGCCUUUGGGAAUGCCAAGACAGUUCGGAACAACAACUCUAGCCGAUUUGGGAAAUAUUUUGAAAUUCAGUUUAGCCCAGGUGGAGAACCAGACGGGGGGAAAAUUUCCAACUUCCUGCUGGAGAAAUCUCGGGUGGUCAUGAGAAAUCCUGGCGAGCGCAGCUUCCACAUUUUUUAUCAGUUGAUUGAGGGUGCCUCCAGUGAACAGAAGACCAGUCUCGGUGUCACCAGUAUGGACUAUUAUCACUACUUGAGCCUCUCUGGAUCCUACAAAGUGGAAGACAUUAAUGACAAAUCUGACUUCCAGGAAACUCUGCAUGCAAUGAACGUGAUUGGCAUCUUUGCGGAGGAGCGAGCGUUGGUGCUGCAGAUUGUGGCUGGCAUACUUCACCUGGGCAACAUCAGCUUCAAAGAAGUUGGCAACUAUGCUGCAGUGGAAAGCGAGGAGUUCUUGGCAUUCCCCGCUUUUCUCCUGGGCAUCAACCAGAGCCGACUGAAAGAGAAGCUGACUAGCAGGCAGAUGGACAGCAAAUGGGGUGGCAAAUCGGAGUCCAUCAAUGUAACCCUCAAUGUAGAGCAGGCGUGUUACACCCGAGAUGCCUUGGCCAAGGCGCUUCAUGCCAGGAUCUUUGACUACCUGGUGGAUUCCAUUAAUAAGGCAAUGGAAAAGGAUCAUGAAGACUACAACAUUGGUGUCCUGGACAUCUACGGCUUUGAAAUAUUUCAGAAAAACGGGUUUGAACAGUUUUGCAUCAACUUUGUCAACGAGAAGCUGCAGCAGAUCUUUAUCGAGCUGACGCUGAAGGCAGAGCAGGAAGAAUAUGUGCAAGAAGGAAUUCGCUGGACACCUAUUGAUUAUUUCAACAAUAAAAUCGUUUGUGAUCUCAUAGAGAAUAAAGUGAAUCCCCCAGGCAUCAUGAGCAUUCUAGACGACGUCUGCGCCACCAUGCACGCUGUGGGCGAGGGGGCUGACCAGACCCUGCUGCAGAAGCUGCAGAUGCAAAUCGGGACUCACGAGCACUUCAACAGCUGGAACCAGGGCUUCAUCAUACACCAUUAUGCAGGGAAGGUGUCCUACGACAUGGAUGGAUUCUGUGAGAGGAACCGAGAUGUUCUCUUCAUGGACUUGAUCGAGCUCAUGCAAAGCAGUGAAUUGCCUUUUAUAAAGGCCCUGUUUCCAGAAAACCUCCAAGCCGACAAGAAGGGCCGCCCAACCACCGCUGGCAGCAAAAUCAAGAAACAAGCCAACGACCUUGUGGGCACCCUGAUGAAAUGCACUCCUCACUAUAUCCGCUGCAUCAAGCCGAAUGAAACCAAGAAGCCUCGAGACUGGGAAGAGAGCAGAGUGAAACAUCAAGUGGAGUAUCUCGGGCUCAAAGAAAACAUUCGAGUACGGCGAGCAGGUUACGCCUAUAGGCGAGUGUUCAAAAAAUUCCUACAGAGGUACGCCAUCCUGACCAAAGCAACCUGGCCUUCCUGGAAAGGGGACGAGAAGCAAGGAGUUCUCCACUUGCUCCACUCGGUCCAUAUGGAUCCUGACCAGUACCAGCUGGGGAGAACAAAGAUCUUCAUCAAGGCGCCAGAGUCUUUAUUUCUGCUGGAGGAGAUGCGAGAACGAAAAUAUGAUGGCUACGCACGGGCCAUCCAGAAAGCGUGGCGGAAAUACGUGGCCAGGAAGAAAUAUGUACAAAUGAGAGAAGAAGCCUCUGAUCUGCUGCUGAACAAGAAAGAGAGGAGGCGGAACAGCAUCAACAGGAACUUUGUGGGAGAUUACAUCGGCAUGGAGGAGCGCCCAGAACUGCGCCAGUUUUUGGGCAAGCGGGAGAAGAUCGACUUUGCCGACACGGUCACCAAAUACGACCGGCGGUUUAAGGGCAUCAAGCGAGACCUUAUCCUGUCUCCCAAGUGCGUGUACCUGAUUGGGCGGGAAAAGGUGAAGCAGGGCCCGGAGCGAGGCCUCGUGAAGGAGGUGUUGAAGCGGCGGAUUGAGGUGGAGAGGAUCCUUUCUGUCUCUUUAAGCCCCAUGCAGGACGAUCUGUUUGUUCUCCAUGAGCAAGAGUACGACAGUCUGCUGGAAUGCAUCUUCAAAACGGAGUUUUUAAGCCUUUUGUCAAAACGCUAUGAGGAGAAAACGCAAAGGAAGCUGCCUCUGAAAUGUAGCAACACGCUUGAAGUGAAGUUGAAAAAGGAGACCUGGGGGCCAUGGAGUGCAGGAGGGUCUCGCCAAGUGCAGUUCAGCCAAGGCCAGGGAGAUGUGGCCAUUCUCAAGCCAAGUAAUAAAGUGCUGCAGGUCAGCAUUGGGCCAGGACUUCCGAAAAACUCCCGACCCACCAGACGGAACGUGACCCAAAACAGAGGCAGUUCCAACAGGACGCAAGGCCACAACUACCCUUCCAGGGCCGCUCCACCUCCGCCUGGUUUUCAGCAAAACGGGGUGAUAAAAGCCCCACAGCUUGUACUGCACCCUCAAGGCUCAGCAGGCCAGCGAGCCAGUCAAAGGAGUUUGUACACAAGCAUGGCAUGCCCGCCAUUGCCACAGGUCUCUGGAGGAGCGGGCAGAAUUUCUCAGCAGCCAGACAGCCUGGACUUCCUCAAGGUGCCGGAUCAAGGUGCUGCAGGAGCUCGCAGGCAGACUACAAACCGACCCACCCCCGCAGGAGGCAGACCAAAGCCCCAGCCGAAGCCAAAGCCUCAGGUACCCCAGUGCAGGGCACUGUACGCCUACGACGCUCAAGACACGGAUGAACUCAGCUUUAAUGCAAAUGACGUCAUAGAUAUCCUCAAAGAAGAUCCCUCAGGCUGGUGGAUGGGCAGGUUAAGAGGGAAGCAAGGCCUGUUCCCUAACAAUUAUGUGACCAAGGUGUGACCCUGCUGGCCAAGGGACCCUUCCUGAGCACCAAGACGCCAGCCAGGCUGCUUUCCCGCUGGAAAAUGUGGGGUUUGCGCAAAAUCUCUACAGGGUGGCAUCUGUGAAGUUGAAGGAAGAUCGGGGAAGAGUUGCUCUGUUUACACUCCACCUGGCCAAAGCACAUCACCAAACAUGCAACUUAUUUAUUUUUAUUUAAUCCUUUAAUUUUCUUAUGAAGGAAGAGGAGGCCUUCAGCCCUGUUCUGGAAACAAUAAGGGGCUCUGCAGCUACCAGAUGGCAGAAGAGCUCCACUGGUCAAGUGCUUUCCAUGGCCCUGGGCACACUUCUCCGCUUCCUGCCCCUGAUGGCUACAGAUGCUCAUUUCCUCGGGUAGGAACACUGCAGUGGUGCCCAGUACUAAUAAGUUAUGCUGCUACCUGCCUAAGUAAGUAGGAUUUUUCUCUUACGUGGAAUCUUGUACCCCUUUUAAGUAUCGUAUAUUUAAGCAGGUCUGAUGAACUGAUUCAAAUUUGCUUGGGAGAUUAUGGUGAUUCCCAGAAGGCACUGCAACCAAAGGAGACAAUAUAGGACACUGCAAAUUGUUUGCAUUGAUUGUUUAAAGAUGGCUGGCCCAUGCUGGUUUGUGUUAUUGCUGUACCUGUUCAGGGGAAAUUUCUUUGCCUCUUGAGGGAGCUGUAUGUAAGAAGCAGAUUAUAUACAGUGUACAUUUAAAAACCAAAAUAAGUAACAAACUGUAUGAAUGUAUAUGACAGUAAUCCACUGUACUUAACCAUGAAGAUAGCUUUUUUUUUUUUUAGCAGUGCGGGGGGUGGGGGAGGGACUAGGUACUUCUUCACAUGCACUAUAUUCUUUAAGGGACAGAGACAGUGUUAAUAAAGCUUUUGAGCCCAGCUGCCUUCUGCACCAGCCAAGAGCUGCCGCUUAUUAGCAGGAUUGUUGGCCAUGGCCAUUACUCUACAACUUCCAUCAAUAAAAAACAGGCCUUCUGGGGGCUCCUUUGAUGCA